UAUACUUUCGCCGACUUCUACUGUGGAGCAGGAGGUGUCUCUGCCGGAGCCAAACAGGCGGGUUUCAAGAUCGUUUAUGGUGUAGACCACGACCGCGAUGCUUGCUCCACGUAUCGCCUUAACUUUCCCGGCACAACAGUUUUUGAGGAGAGCAUCAACUACAAUUUAACCGUCAGAGUACAGGAAAAUGCACAUGUACGCUGCGUCCACAUGUCCACUGUCUGCAAGACCAUCUCUACUGCCUACACCGUCAGAGGCAAAAACCAUGAUGCCAACGAGGCAACUCUCUUCACAAUCUCAGACAUCCUCCGCAAGACCACGCCUAUGGUCGCUACCCUUGAGCAGACCUUUGGUGCUCUCAAUCCUGGCAAGAUCCAGCUCUUCAAUUCCUUCGUCUUACAAUUCACGUCCAUGAACUAUUCGGUCAGAUGGGCUGUCCAUACUCUAUCGGAGUACGGCGUUCCUCAGGCACGCAAGCGCCUCAUCAUGAUCGCCUCUUGUCCCGGACAUCCUUUGCCAGACUUUCCGAUGCCUACUCACGCCGCUUCACCUUUGGAGCCUGUUCCAGGCUUGAGGCCUUCCGUGACGAUUGCCGAGGCUCUGCAGCCAAUUCGUCCUAACACGCCUAACCACAAUCCUGCCGCCCUUCCUGCCAAAGACCUCGCACCCUACAGCCCUCACCAGCUAGUCCGAGGUUGCAUUACCACUAGCGGUGGUCAAAACAACUGGCACCCCAGCGGCAAGCGUCACUUCACCGAGCGCGAGUACGCAUGUCUCCAGACCUUUCCUCUCGAUCAUGUCUUUGUCGGCACUAGGUCCUCGGUGAUUCAGCAGGUCGGAAACGCAGUUCCACCUGCCUUUUCCCAAAAGCUUUUCGAAAGUAUCCGUAAGACUUUUGAGGAGGUCGACAAGCAAGAUCGCGAG